GUCACCGUAUUCCGAGCAUGCCUACAAAGGUCGAAAAUAAACAAAGACCCAGAAAAGAGCCUUGCGUUAUUUCGGUCCAAAUUGAAUCCGAGCGUGCGUUUAGCGUCCAGUCAACCAUGGAAAACGUCUUUUCGUGUCGAGCAAGUGUUUAUUUAGAUCAAGGAGGCAGGAAAUACAUGGAGGAUUUUGUGCAGAUUAAGCAGGAUGAUGAGCCGAGCGAGGACGAGCUGAACGCCGCUGCUGAGCGCGGCGAGACGGAAGUGGAGAAUGCCAGCGAUAAUCUUGAAAAUUCUCCCGCGGAACGAGCGCGAAGCCUUGUGACUGAUGGAUCGAGUCUGGACUCUCCGCCGAGGUCCAGUGUUACAGGGGUAGAGAAUGAUGAAGCCGAACACAGUGCGGUGAAAAACAGCCGUCGUUCCCGGGCUGUGGCUUUCUACGCGGUGUUUGAUGGGCACGGCGGCCCCGACGCGGCGCGGUACGCCCAGACUCAUCUCUGGGAUCUCAUCAAAAAACAAAGAGGCUUUUGGUCUACAGACGACGAAGAGGUUUGCGCAGCCAUACGGAAAGGAUUCGUCGCCUGCCACCACGCCAUGUGGAAAAAACUGCCGGAAUGGCCGAGGACAGCGACAGGCCUCCCCAGCACAUCUGGAACAACUGCAAGCGUGGUUGUGAUUCGCCGUGAUCGCGUGUACGUGGCCCACGUUGGAGACUCGGCGGUGGUUUUAGGGGUGCAGGACAGUCCCACUAAUGAGGUGCUUCGAGCAGAGGAAAUCACACAGGAUCACAAACCUGAGCUACCAAAAGAGAGGAAAAGAAUUGAGGGCUUGGGAGGGAGUGUGAUUAAAAAAUCCGGAGUGAAUCGAGUGGUGUGGAAGAGACCCAGGCUGACGCACAACGGGCCGGUCAGAAGAAGCACAGUCAUUGAUCAGAUUCCUUUCCUCGCUGUAGCUCGAGCUUUAGGUGAUCUAUGGAGUUAUGACUUCUACAGUGGAGAAUUUGUAGUUUCGCCUGAGCCUGACACUGCUGUUAUCAAGCUGGAUCUGAAACGGCACCGUUACAUCAUCCUGGGUAGCGAUGGCCUCUGGAACAUGGUUUCACCACAAGAAGCAGUAUCCAUGUGUCAGGAGACCGAUAGGGCCAAGACUAAGUGCCAUAAGACGAGGGAAAAUGUUUGUAGUGCUCAGGAGCUGGUGAACCAGGCCCUUCAUAGAUGGAGUCAGCGCUUGCUUCGUGCUGACAACACCAGCGCUAUAGUCAUUUCCUUGGAACCAGUAGGAACGUUUUCUGAACCUUUGCCCCCAUAUGAAGUUGUGUACAACCUACAAGGAGCAAAGUCAUGCUCUACUACAGAGUCUUCAUCCAGCACACCACACAUCCAGGAUGCAGAUGUGUCUUCUUCCAGGUGUGAACUGGAAUCGUCAUGCCAACAAAACACAGACAGCGGGAUGAGAAGUUCCGAAUUCUCAAAAUCUGACUUUCCUAGCAAAGGUCUCAGUGAUGAGAGCUUGAACAGUGGCAAGAAUAGUGACAUAGUGCCCACUGGCAAACGAGUGUUGGAGGAUCUCUCCAUUCCUGCAGGAAAGAGGGCACGCCGUAGUCUCCCUCACAGUCACGCUUCCUCGUGCACUACUCGUCGAAGGUACAGCGAGCGUCCGUCUCUAAGACGCGGGAGCAAAAAUCAAAAGCAGUCCAGCAAAGUACAAGGUCUAUUACAGGAGCACGGAAACGCAACUGUAUGCGUUUGCUAACAUUCGUCUUGCGCAUGUUUUUAUUUUUAAUGCACUCUCACGCUUGUUGGAUGAUCACAAACUCUAAUUAACUUCUUAUAAGCUACUGAGGAACCAGGCUCUAAAGUUAGAAGGUAAAAACCUAAGAAUGGAUGGAUUUUUUUAAGAGUAAAGCAGGCAUGACAAUGCAAUAUAGUGUACUGCUUUUCAUUUGGCAUAUUGUGGCAAACCUGUUGUGUUCAACUUUUUUUCCAGGUCAUGUAAAAUAAUGGAGGGUCUGUUUAAUGCCCCAAAUUAACCUUAGUCACCUUCUCUAUAUUGUUCAUGUUCAAUCUUGUAAUGCUGCAGUCCAAUCACCUACACAUUUUUGGCCUUGUACGUACUUGGGGCUCGGACACUUUAUGUUGAAUUCCUGCUGUCUUCCAUUCAUCGCGGUGGAAGGAUCGUCUGAAAAAUUCAACAGAAGAAUGCAUAUCUUCCGGGAAGAUAUUUCUCAUCGCAGGCGACGUGUAAAUAUUCCAAAGAACAAUUUUAAAGAGUGACAAUUUACUUUGAGCCAGUCAAUAGUCUAUGUAUUUUUAUACGCUUUGUUUUACAGAACAAAGAAGGCACACAGUUUCUACUAGCAUGAAAUCUUAAUCUCCUGUCACUAUGUAUGAUCUUACCUCGUCAAACAAGCAAGAAAUAUAUACACGUCAAAGUCGAAGUUUUAAAUACGUAUUAGCAUUAUCCAGCAUCUCAUUUCCAGAUAAUUGUUUGUUACAUUGGGUUUACUCAUUUUGAAAGUUGUUUUUUUGUUUGUUUCCUAUCUGUGAGACCAUUUAUGUGCAACUUAAGGUGCUGCUAUGUUUAACCAGGUAAAUAAAACCUAAUAAACUAAAUUUAAAAAAAGUGUUGACUUGCCACCCAAAGUCUUGUGGUAUACAAGUAGAACAAAUUCUCCAAAGUGACCAGCUGACAUCUUAAUACACAAAAUGAACCCCUGAGCAGAGCUGCUAUGUUCAGGAUAUAACUCACUAGCUAACAUUAGUCUCAUUAGCUAGCUCUCAUUACCUGCGAGCUAAUAUAGAUAUCGUUUGCUACUCAACAAUUGCUGUUAGCUAAUCUACAGUAGCUCUAUUGCUAGCUAUGACCACUAGCUAAUAUAUCUGUCAUUAGCUAUCUAACUACAGUCACAGUUCACUCAAGUGUAGUAGUCUACCCAGUGAAGUCAGAAGGGGAAACAUCUGUGCAUGUUGUCUAACCUGAAGUGAUAAAAAGCCUUUAAUGGACCCUUCUGAGUUGUCUAUUUUGAACCGAACUGACGGACAUAGCGAGAUUCUAAUUGUGCCGUUAUAUCUGACUAUAAAUAUAUUAGAUCCAACUAUAAAUCUAGGUCAAGAAAGUACAUAAUAUAUACAACAGAAACUAGUACUGGCAUGCCUAUAGUUUAGCUCUUAGUCUGAACAUCUUUAUCUGCCACUGCACUCAUGUUUGCCUGUGGAUAUUAUGAAUAUUAACAGUAAUUAAAGUUGACACAAAUCAUAGAAAAUACAGUAGACUUUAGUUUUUCCACAUCAUGUAUUAUUUACUAACUUGUAUUGCCUGCUCUGUUUGUUUAUUCCACCAAAGUAACUGGUGUGUCUGUGGAUAAUGAAACUCCCCAAAACACAGAGAUCAUUUUUAAUGGACCGAGUCAAGACUGGUGAAAUUUGCCAUAUCAUCAACUCUGAUUGAUUGAUUUGUGUGUUUGAUGUGUCUAUUUUGUAACAACUGUAUUGCUCACUCCAUUGCAUCUCUGUUAUAUUAACACUGGUGCUUUAAUGUAGUUGAUAGUUAUAUAUUAAACAUGGAGCUAUCCUGCCAUAGUGGUAUAAGCCAGAUUUAUGCUUCUUAUAUAAUUGUUUUCCUUUAAAGAACUAUGUUCUUGAUGUUCAUAUCUUCUUCUUCAUCAUCUUGUCAUAAACCUGGUUCCUUCUCCCAAACAAAUAGCCUCAAGAAGAAUGUGGCUCAGUUAGCUCAUUUGCAUAAGAAACAAAACCUACUUUGAAACUCAUUCUAGGAUUUUUGCCGCAUGUUCACAAAGCUAAUGUCCAACUAGUAGAGUUUAACCCUCCAUAAUUGUCAAAAAUAGGUCAAUGUUUGUAAACAACAUGGCCGCCACAAGAUAAUCAUAUCUAGUAAAGGAGAGUCUAAUUAAACUGUUGCAACUCAUGAUUGAUUGUAUUGAUUCACACAAUAAUGAAAGACAGGAAAAGGUCCUGAGGAUGUCUCUAAAAUGUGGGAUGUGACAAUACAUAGUAGGUUGGGGCUAUGUUUAGAUAACUGUCCAAUUAAUCUGUAAUUUGGUCUAUUGCAUCUCAAUAAUCUGUAAGUGGAUUUUUGAUUAUUGACAGAUUUUUAAAAUAAAAAAUAGCUGCCAUCAGCCACUCAGUUUCCAUCAGGAAUUUGACACUGAUCUAUCAUUCUUAAACUUAAAUAGGAGAUACUGGAGGCACUAUUCAUAUUUUGCACAUAAUAUAACAUUCAAGCACAUCUUGUGUAAAAUAAGGUGAAGCUUCGUUUUUCCUCUGUUAUUCAUUUCCUGAAACUCAACAGUAGAGGUUUGUAAACAUGACCACCAUAGGCCACUCUAACAUUGUGAAUAUUGUGAAUGGCAUGUUGUGAUUCACAUGGGGUUGAAAGCCUUAUUCAGGACUAAAUGCUGACGUUAUCUGUAAAUGCUGGGGUGUGGACAUUUACGGGGCAGGGAUUCGUUCUCAGACCCCAUAAAUCUGAUCAGGCUAAAAUUUAGUGUACUGCAUUGUUGUGCUAAUCUGUGAGGAACUUUCUACUGCUAAUCUGAUUAAUUCAAAAACAUAGCUGCUGUUGGCCAAUCAGCUCUCAGUAUACACUUCACAGCGUUAGCACUGAGCUACCAUCAUAAAACUUUUAAAGUAUGCUCGUCUAUGGUUGCUGUAGUGUUUGGCAAGAUUGAUGCUUGGGUCUAUAUUUUUAUUAAUUGUUUAACAGUUGAUUUAAAAAAAAUGUUAACAUUUUGUCACAAAAUAAGGUUGGCAUGUAACUACUAAAGAUCACUGGACCUUGUUGUUGUACCAAAAAAACAGUGAAAAUACGGUGAAGUCGAAAGAAAAAUAAAUGACACUUAAGUUUCACAAUAUGUGACACUGAAUCAGGCCAUAAAUCCUUCAUGUACGCAUUGUAGCAGAAUAAAAUGUGUGUAUGCACAACAAUAGUGGUACAAAAUCAGGCUGGGUAUGUGUAGAGUUAAUGAGAAAAUGCUGCAGAACUGAUAAACUAAUAA